ACGUAUGUAUAACGUAUUUCGUGAUAACGAGAGUCGGAUGGAAAAAGAAUCUCGUAAACAACGGAAACGGGUCGAAGCAGAGACAAGACAGAAACUUCGUGAAGAAAGUAUUUGGGAAAAAAGCAUUGCGAAAGAAGAAGCAAGAGGUCGUGGUGUGAUGAUUCGUGAAAAGGCGGCAGAAAAAAGGCGUUUUCGGGAUGAAAGGACGUGUUCGCGAGGAAAGGAUUCGUCAGAACAGUAUCGCAAAAGAAGAAGCAAGACGUCGUGGUGUAAUGAUUCGUGA